AUGGCUUUCCUACUUUGUCUGCUGAACGAUUUCUCCUUAUGGAUUUCGCUCAUUACAGAAACCAUGCGUGAACAAUCCGGUUCGAUUAGCAACACAUCUCGUCCAACUCUUCCCACAUGCCCAUCGCUGAUGCCAUCACAGGUGGCGGUGCUUCGUAAAUCAUGGAAACAUAUCAACACUAAAGGACUCAUUACGGUUCUUUCCAGAUGCUUCCAAAGGUUGGAAUCAUCGUGUCCAGUAGUGUCUCAGUGCUUCUCAUCAUCACAGCAAGAGUUGUCGACCGUUCAGCAAUGCUCGGUCCGAACAGUGGCUGAUCAUGCCAGAUUUCUUCUCUCAAUGCUCGACAAGAUCAUCGACUCCGAACAGGAUCUUGAAGAAAUUCGAGAAAUUGGAGCUCGACAUUGCGUCCUAAAGCAGAGAUGUGGUUUUGGCGCAGCCGAACUUGACAGGUUCCAAGAGAUUUUCGUGGAAGUGAUUCUUAAGCAAGAUGGAGUCAGACAAAGUAAAGAAGCCAGUCGGUCAUGGGAAUUGCUACGUGAAGUGCUAGCAGAAUAUUUCCGACCCGUAGAAGAAGUCCUGUCACUAAGACAAAAAAUUGUCUUAGCUAGACAGACGAUACUCUUUUUCCGCCGCUGCCUAAAACACCAAGUUGUUUUUCUUCGUAUUUUUGUUGAGCAAACGCGAGGUGUUACUAUUCUUUGUUCACAAUUAAGCUGA